AGCUGUCUGAGGUCAGUCUUGCAUUGCCGUUGCGAGUCAAGAACCGUUCAUCGAUAUUAGGUGGCGUAGACGGACAACAAGGGCCGGCGCGUGCAGAAUAGAGCCGCGCAGCGCGCAUUUCGUGAGCGCAAGCAGUCCCAGCUUGCGGAGCUCCAGGCUCGCGUGCAACAGUACGAGCAAGGGGAGGUCGAGCGCAAUGUCGCCCUGCAGAACAUUGCGAAGCGGCUCAAGGAGGAGAAUGAGAGGCUGCGAGCAGAGAACGCUCGGCUGAAGGAGAAGGUUGCUCAGCUCGAGGAGUGCUUGGCAUCGCAGGAGGCUCCGAAGAAGAGGACGCGAGUGGACUCUGCUCCUCGUUCCCCAAGCCUCCCCCCGGCCCAGUUGUCUAGGAAGAAGAGCAAAAUCUCCCCCGAACGUCAGAGCGGCACUUUCUCACAAGGCAUGAAUGGGCUGUACGACGCAUCGUCCCCGUCGUCGUCUGGAUCGUCCCCACGGUCCAAUACUUCAUCGCACACCAGCUUCUCUCCCCUUCCAAGCAUCCCCUCACCUCAGGAAACAUCGAUGAACAACCCCCUAUCUAACAUGUUCGACUUCUCUGCGGACGCCAAAAGCGCGCUGUUCGACGGCGGGCCUCUGUCAUGCGGGUUCUGCAAUGCAACCUCCACCUGCGUCUGCAAGGACAUCACGAUGCAGCAGGUUUCGGAGCAAUUAUCCUUGUCUAAUAUAUCAGCAGCAGCUGUUGAUCACUCUGACAUGCAACAGAGCAAUGCUCUGCCUAACGAUGCUCCGCCCUCUAUCCUUGAAAAUCUCCCGGAGUAUCAAGCCCCGGUGCCCUUGCGCAGGCGAGCUCCCGCACAGGCGGCUCGCCCUAUCUUCCCGAUCUCCCCAGCUCCGAUCGCUUCGAAUAACGCUGCCGUUACUUGUUCUGGUGAUCCGUCAAAUUGUCUGGCUUGUGCCGACGAUGCGUUCGGCAAGGCUUUCUGCGACGCCAUCAGCAAGACUGUCGCCUCGACAUCGUCAUCGUGCGGGUAUUGCCCUGACCCGUCGCAAGCUUCGAACGACGGCGCUGCUGUCAAUGGCUGCUGCGGAAACCCCAUCGCAUGCGGAGGCAUGGAUUGUAGCCCGGCGACUGCGGACAUGUCAGCACCAGCGUCCUUGGGAGGCAACGAUGGUUCAAUGAUGAUGACUGAUGAACCGUCGACAUCUGAAACGAUCUCGUGCGACAAUGCUUGGCGCCAGUUGAAGUCCCAUCCCAACGUCGCGUUCGCGGAUCUCAGUCUCCUCGCUGAGGUCGUCGCUCGCAGGUCGAAGUGCACCGGUCCUCGUGUCGAGAUUCUCCCAGCGCCAGGAUCUGUGACACCUGAACGCGCGCUCUCACCGCCCGCAGGCACUGUUUCGCAUGCAAAUACGAACCAGCACUCGCAGCAUUCGUUCUCGGACCCUCGAGCAACUUACGACGAAAGUAGAGGAAUGGGAGGAGCCCCUCGCUCACCACCACCUCAGCUAGUACCCCAGGAGGUACUCAUUAGUUGCGGACGUCAGCGGGUACGGGAGGUGAUGGCAGAUGGGGUCCGUGAUGCACUACGGAUACUGGAUGCAAAGUUCCCUGUUCCGGGUCGAAUGAGUAACUUCCGUAUGUAACGACGUUCCGAGUAAGCUAUUACGUCUCAUGAACUGAAAGCGGAUCU